UCAUCAUCAAUCCAAUUCCGAGAGAUACGUUUAUGUUUUGCAUGGUCGUUACAAGGAUUGGUUGUGCCAGGGUUUCAUCCUUGCUGUUGUAGUCUGGUUCUGUGGUUUGCGAGUGAAGACGACGAAGAGGAGGGUGUUCGGUUGUUACAUUUGCCGGAUUAUAACUAGUUCAAAUCAGUUUUUUUCAACUUUCUGUACGAUUGUAGGAUUGCAUGAUCAAGGAGAUGGAUACCUUUAUGCUAUUGGUGUGUACAUAUGGUUGUAGUACAACUAUAAUAAAUGUUGCCCGCGCAAUGUGUUAUUCUCGUUUGGUGGAGUGUUUGUGUGAGAAAUGGGAUGAGUUGUCUGCUGGUUCCAUUUCAUUAUUCUGUAAACUACCUGGGAUUAAUAAGUGUCAUUUGGACAAUGAGGAAGAAUUUCAGAACAUGGUACUGCUUGCUAAAUCAAUGGGGGUACAACAUGUAGAAGUUGUGGUUGAGUUGAAGGGUGAUAUUGGUCAGUCAAGUAGUUUGGGAUUGCUGCGUGUGGGGGUUGAGGAUGAAAUUGAUGCACUACGGAGAUUUUGCCACCAUAAGGAGAAGGUGUUGUUGUCAGCCCCUCGGGCAAAUGGUAUUACGCAUAUAGGACAACGGUUUGUUGGCAGUGCAUAAGAAUUUCGUGACGUUUUAUGUAAGUAUGCCAUCCAAUGUGGGUUUAAGUUCACAUACGUGAAGAACGAGACAACAAGAGUUAUUGCUAUGUGUGCGAUGCGGGAGGAGAGGGGGUGCUUGUGGGCUAUACAUUGUAGAGCACAACGAGCAAAUGAUUUUUUCUACAUCAAGAGGUUUAGUGAUGUGCAUACUUGUGGUACGGAUGUCCGAACAUCGAAGAAUCCGCGAGUUAGUUCGGAUUUGGUGUCGAGUACCAUAUCUGAAAUUGUGAGGGACAAGCCGUUGACUCGGCCGUGUGAAGUGGUGACUAUUUUGAAGAGGGAUUAUGGGCUAGAUGUGAGUUACCAUGUGGUAUGGUUGGGUGUGGAGAAAGUAAAGGCUGGUAUUCAUGGAGAUCACUCGUUAUCGUUUGACCAGUUGCGGUGGUAUUCGGAUGCCGUGAUGCGGUACAAUCCGGGGAGUUAUGUCAAUAUUGACUAUGAUGCGAGUAGUCAACAGUUUUGUCGCUUCUUCGUGUCAUUCGCUGCAUGUAUUUCUAGGUUCAAUGCUUGUCGGCCUUUAUUAUUCCUGGAUGGAACAUUCCUCAAAGGAAAGUACAAAGGUCAGCUACUUGCGGCAACAGCGAAAGACGGGAACAAUGGUCUAUUUCCUGUUGCAUUUGCAAUUGUUGAUUCGGAGACCACGGCUAAUUGGUCGUGGUUCUUGCAUGAACUUGGGAAGGUUGUUGAUGGGAAGCGCCAUAUUACUUUUAUUUCGGAUCGUAAUCUUGGUCUGUUAGAAGCUAUGCCAAAGGUGUUCCCAUCGGCUCAUCACGGUUAUUGCUUACAACACUUGAAGAGCAAUUUAAGAGACUGGAUGAAAGGAAUUGAUAAUGGAUUCAGGGAUCACCUAGUAAGGAGUUUGGGUGACUGUGCCUACGAGCCAACUGUGGUAGGGUUCCAUGAAAAGCUUGCAAAAUUAAAAGAGGAGGGUAAACAACGAGCUCAUAUUUUUUUCAAGGACUUAGCACCUGAGCACUGGGCAAAUUCAUACUUCAGGGGCAUGCGUUAUGGGGAAAUGACAUCCAAUGCGGCGGAGUCAUUUAAUAACUGGAUUAAAGAAGCACGUAAUCUUCCUAUCACUCAAAUGGUGGACAAAAUUCGUACUCAGUUGAUGCGGCAAAUGUCUGCACGGCGUGACCAAGCAAACAAAUGGAAUGAGAUUAUUUGUCCGACAUUCGAAACAAGGCUUAUGGAUUCGUUCAAUGACAGCAAGUCUUGGCAAGUUAGCAAAGCCAACGAGGAUGUGUUUGAAGUUCAUUCGAUACCAUCGGUUACAGUUGAUGUUGCGAGGCGUACAUGUUCAUGCUUCAAAUGGCAAAUCAACGGAUUCCCGUGUGACCAUGCUGUUAUUGCCAUUCAAAAGAGCCGCUACAAUCUCAAUGAUUGUGUAGAACAUUACUUUCAUGUAGAGACAUAUCGUGCAGCCUAUUCGGGAGCCAUAUUCCCUAUAUCAUCGGUGGAGAAGCCGCCUUUUGAUCCCACGGACUUUACUAUAUACCCGCCUACCGUGAAAAGACCACCCGGAAGGCCGAAGAAGAAUAGGAUCCCAUCAAGGGGUGAGAAACUGAAGCAAAUAAGGUGCGGGAGAUGUGAUAAGUUGGGGAGCCAUAAUCGAAAAUCAUGCACGGAGCCGAUAUAAGAUGUACCUUUUUUCCUUUCAACAUUGUAUUUUACAUUGGAUUCUUAUAUUCAUUUUUUUAAUAAGAUUGUGUUGUG